GUAUCGGAGCGAGAUGGGAGCCAGCCUCUGCGCGCGGAGUCGUCUCUAACGACCUGCCCUCCGUGGAUGUAUGGAGAAGAGCAGCCCGAGCAUGACUGGCGGAACCCGGGAGGCUCCGGUUAACAUCUCCCCAGCGGUGGCGGCCAACGCGGAGGGAGAUGAGAUAGAGGUGUUGGAAAGUACCGACGUCCUCGCCGUCGCUCCAGAAGAAGUGAGUUUAGUCAUCCUUCUCCUCUGACUCUCACCUUCACUCGCUCUUCUUUUCUCUUCUUCUCAGCAGUGGAAGUCUCUGUUUGACAAGUUCGACCCGGAGAAUUCCGGUUUCAUCAGCAUGGAGCUGUUCAGGGACUUGCUGGCGACGCACGGAUCUGAGCUCGACCCUCACAAACUAGAAGUCCUGCUGGCUCUCGCUGACGGCAACUCGGACGGGAAAAUCUGCUAUCAGGACUUCGUCAACCUGAUGAGCAACAAGCGCUCCAACAGUUUCAGGAGGGCCAUCCUGCAGGGGAGCAGGCAGCUGAAAGGCUGCAGUCUCAGAGAUGAGGUUGGCUUGGGGCUCUCCCAGCGGCUAGUUCGCCACGUCGCCUAUGAAACGCUGCCUCGCGAGGUCGACCGCAAGUGGUACUUUGACAGCUACACAUACUGCCCCCCUCCCUGGUUCAUCCUGGCUAUCACCAUGGCUGAGGUAGCGGUGUUCAUAUAUUAUGGGAUCCAGCUGGAUCGCUUGGUCCUGCAGGUGUCCAGCCCGUCCUUCCUAAAGAGCCCCCUGCCUUACCACCCCCAGCUACGAGCGCAGGCCUGGAGGUACUUCAGCUACAUAUUCAUGCACACCGGAAUCGAACAUCUGAGCCUGAACAUGGCCAUGCAGCUGCUCGUGGGAGUCCCUCUUGAAAUGGUCCACGGCGCCCUGAGGAUUGGACUGGUCUACGUGUGUGGCGCGCUAGCAGGGUCUUUGGCGGUUUCUGUCACUGAUAUGACCGCUCCAGUGGUCGGGUCAUCCGGAGGAGUCUAUGCCCUUGUGUCGGCGCAUUUGGCUAAUGUAGUAAUGAAUUGGUCGGGGAUGAAAUGCCAGUAUAAGAUGUUCCGCAUGGCCAUGGCUCUAGUUUGCAUGAGCGUGGAGUUUGGUCGAGCUGUGUGGCUGCGGUUCUACCCUCCAGCUUUCCCUCCGUGCCCCAACCCCAGCUUUGUGGCUCACCUGGGAGGCGUGGCGGUCGGCCUGACUCUGGGCGUCGUGGUCCUACAGAACUACGAGCAACGACUCCAGGAGCAGUCCCUGUUUUGGAUAUUUUUCUGCGUCUACACCCUGUUUGUGCUCUGUGCUGUGUUCUGGAACAUUUUUGCUUACAGUCUGCUCGAUGUGCGGAUACCUCCUGCCCCGUAAGCUGCUCCCGAGAGCCAGAUAAAACACUGUAUUCCUUUUGUUGCUUCGCUGAUGGGCUGGAUGUGCCACCUCAAAACUCAUAUUUCUGGACCUCAUCUGAUCCAAGUUGUCCUACAGCCAUUGUUCUCUGGCUUGUUCCCUUGAGCAUUACCAUUCAAGCAAACCUCUGCCUGCUCUUCGGCUUUGUGUCCAUCAUCAGGAAAUAAAUGCCUCGGAUCCCACACGACAGCACAGCUUACCUCUUCUGCCUGUUCCUCCUCAAUCCAACGGUGCCUUCUCACGAAGACGUCGCUAAAACCUGAAGUAUUUCUGCACAUUUGCCUCCUGACUCGGGGGAUGGCCGUAUCGACCACCCUGUUUUACAUUUUUUUGGGAUCAGAACAAGUGUUUCUAACAGCACAAGCAGCUCAGAAGCACGUAGCAGAAUGGCCAACCUUUCUAUGACCACAGAGAUGAGCCAGUCCCCCUAGAGGUGUUAACAGGAAUUUAUAUUUAGCUCAAUGUUGCCUUCAGAAUCAGGAUUAUUGUGUUCAGCACUCUUUGAACCGCAGUCUUUGCCUCUUUCUGUGUGUGUGUGUGUGUGUGUGUGUGUGUGUGUGUGUGUGUGUGUGUGUGUGUGUGUGUGUGUGUGUGUGUGUGUGUGUGUGU